GCAGGCCUCAAUGUAGCUCAAAGACUUGUUCAAUACAUAGUUAAUUUCACUUGGCAUGUUGGUUUGUACAUUAAAUAUACAACUAUUGAUUGCACAACUUUGAAACCAUUUAGUACUCUGUAUAAACACAUUUUACCCAUAACACACCUGGUCAUCAGAGGACCUUGGGAUAUGGGGUCCUUGCAUUGCUGCACUGUGGGUGGGUGUCACAGGCUGAUUAAGUCCAAUGGUGCUGCACAACCAGCCAGCAAAGUUGACCUGCUCUGCCUCAGACUGUUUGAUAAAGGGAUGCAUUUGAAGAAAAGAAAAGGUGUGUUUGAUGGAAAAAUUGCGUAUGUGUGCUGGUAAGGGUAAAAUGAGGAAUCACAGAAGGAUCCAACGCAGAGGACCAUCAUCUACAACUAAGAACGUGAACAAAGGCCAAGGUGCUUUUGGAAAUAUGUGUCGUGGAGGUCGCAUGUUUGCCCCCACCAAAACCUGGCGUCGCUGGCACCGCAGAAUCAACACGACCCAGAAGCGCUAUGCCAUCUGCUCUGCCGUGGCUGCAUCUGCCAUUCCUGCACUGGUGAUGUCCAAAGCCUGCCCAUGCACAAUAUCAGAAGACCUGAGCAGGAUCCUGAAGAGUGAGGAGAUCCAGAAAGCACUUCAUACACCUAGCAAGAAGAUCAACUGCAGAGUGCUGAAGAAGAUCAACCGCAGAGUGCUGAAGAAGAAUCUUCUGAAGAACUUGAGGAUGAUACUCAAAGUGAACCCUUAGGCCAAUACAGCAAGAGGUCAUGCCGUCCUCAAGCUUGACCAUGCGAUCAUGGCCAAGAAGAAGCCUGGAAAGAAAGGAGCACCUGCCAAACCCAAGGCAUACAUCUCUAUACAAGCAGACAAGAUUUCAGUGAUUAAUAAAUCAUUUGUUUCAAAU